AUGCUUGAGAAUGUCGAAGAUAACGAUGAAAUGCAGUAUGCAUAUGCUGAAGAUAAUGAUUAUGAUGAUGAUAUGUUACUUAUGGCCGACACUCAGUCGAACACUAUGAAAACCAACAUGUGGUGCCUGGAUUUAGGAUGCAGUAACCACGUGACUGGUAAUAAAAACGGGUUGACCAAGCUAGAUGAAUUACUUGAGAAAGUGAUAAAGUUUACAGAUUGUAGGCACACCAUAUCAGGUGGAAAAAAAGAUAUAUUUGUUUUCAUAAAGGAUGGUCGAAAAUCCAUAAUCAUUGAUGUGUCGUAUGUACCUUCGAUGACAAGUAACUUGAUAAGUGUAGGUAAAUUACUUGCAAAAGGAUAUAACAUGAAGCUUGAAAAUAAUCUGAUGAAGGUGUAUCAUGGUGAUGGAAGGUUGAUUCUGAAGGCACCAUUGGCAGACAACAGAACCUUCAAAGAAGAGAUCAACACAGUUGAUCAUAAGUGUCUUUCUUCGACUGUAGGAGAAGACAAGAAUUGGCUAUGA